AUGUUUUCCUUCUUCAGAGUGUCUUCUCGCAUUAUCAUAGUUAGAAUUCGGGAUGGCCGCCUUUCGUCUCUCGUCGUCUUGCAGAGCCGCUGCUUUCGAUCAGUCCACCCUAGCCGCCAGCCUAUCUUUACCGAUGAGUUACACAUCACCGAUCUCCCAGCAGAGUGGAGCUUACGAAUAGUGGGGGAAGUGGUAGCCUCGUCGCUCUUCGCGUCCACUACGAUCGGCUAUGCGGGGCAUGCUCUCCGUAAAUCCCCGUUACCUUCCGCGACCUGGUCCGAGUACCUCAGCGUCCUCGUGACUUCGCCUGUUCUAGCGCGGAGAGAGAAGGGAUUCUUUCCCAAGGCCUUCGUCUCUCGCUUGCAGUCGCGCAAAAUAAUGCAGAAUAACUUUAAUGCUGACGUUCGCUGUGGACUCUCCCAAAAAGUCUGCUGCCCAUGUCCCCGCGUUCUUUGUCUGUCUCUCGGGGUCCUGGUCAAGCUAAUACAGGGAUUCGAAUUCCAGAAUGAUCUUGGAACUGCUGGUUGUACGGGUAGAGCAUUGGACUUAGCCUUUGCUUUUGAUGCGUCGGAUGGUGUAUCGGCAAGUCGUUUCCAAAAACAAGUAGAUAUUAUGAAAGAUAUUGUCAACAGAAUGGAUAUUGGGUUGAAGGAUGAUCAGGUUCGUGUUGGCAUAAUGUCUUUCGGCGAGAAAACGCGAGUUCAACUUCAUUUUUUCAAGUCACGGGAUCAAAAGAUGGUCAGGUCGAAAAUCGAUCGCAUUAAGCACUUAAGGGGAAGGCCCAACCUUGCCAAAGCCUUAAAGCAAAUGUGUCACGCCAUGUUUCGACGGCGACGCGGGUCAAGAUCAGGUGUCAAGCACUUGGGAAUUGUCCUGGCGAGCGGAAUCUCACAGAACGACGUCGUCUCACCACUUGCCAUCCAGACGUGUCAAAAUUCCGGCGUCGAGAUUUUAACUGUUGGUAUCGACAGUAAAGAGAACGGAACUCGAUUUUGGAAUAUUGACAGCCAACCAACGGACACUCACCUUCUGCAUUUGGGGACAUUUGACGAUUUAGAUCGUAUUCAAGAGACUGUCAUUCAACGAAUAUGUCAGGAAGAAUUGGCUUCGGAUCCAAAGGUGGAGAACAAUGCAAUAAAACCACGAAGACAUUCUCUAAAGAAAACACGGAUGGACGAGAAAGUUUGUCACAACAAAGUCGCUGAUAUUUUCUUUUUGAUGGACUCUUCAUCAAGCAUCCGAAAAGAAGAUUUCAAAAAACAAAUAAAUGUCAUCAAGAACAUUAUUCGUCGGUUCGACAUCAGCCCUACACUGACCCAGGUCGGGAUCGCCACAUUUAGCCACGAUUACCAGAACCUGCUUAAAUUCGGUGACAGCCACGACAAAGUUGAGAUACUUCGCCGUCUCGGUACCCUAAAGUACCUGAGCGGUGGUACCCGCACUGGUCACGCACUACAUCGGCUGAGAACGCACGUCUUCGACAAGCAAAGCAGCCGGUCUGAAGCCGAUCGGAUCAUUGUCAUUUUUACUGAUGGACAGUCUGGCGACUAUCGACGAACAGUCUUGGAAGCGAAGCUGCUGAAGAAAUCUGGAGUUAAGAUAUUUGUGGUCGGUAUCGGGUCAUAUGUUGAUCGCGAAGAACUGGAAUAUCUUGCUAGCGAACCGAUUGACGACUUUCUGCACACUUUUGAUUCGUUCGACACUCUGCUGGCGAAGUCAAGCUUGUUGGGCACCAAAACUUGCGAAGAGAUCAACCAUUUGCUUAUAAAUGAUCAGGAUGUGUGUAAUUCCAGCCAACCAACUGAUGUGAUGUUUAUGCUAAACCACAACCAUUUAGGACAGAAGAAAACCAACAACCUAAUGAAAGUGGUCGCUGAAGUCGUAGAAAUAUUUGGCACUGACGGUCCAUUCCGAGUCGGAACCAUGUUUGAUGAGUGCCUCACGAACCAGGACAUACCAAUAGGCUCCGUUGUAAACAAGACAAAAUUACUGAAUAAAAUUGACGAUUUCCAAUAUGGAACACCGAAAUCGAUGAUUCAGCAACUACGAUUCGAUGUCUUCUCGCAUAAAAAGCGCUUGAAUCGUCGCAGGGCCCGACGCCUCGGUUUGCUCUUUCUGGAUCGUGACAUUAAGUUGGACGAUCCAAGCAUUCGACUCGAAAGCCGCCGGGCUUUGAACAGAGGAAUUCAGCUUUAUGCCAUAGUAAUCGGUAAGGGCGUCAAUCUGGAAUUAGUGGAAAGAUCUUUAGCUCCCCGGGAGCGAAUCAUCUCGUUACCAUCCUAUGAGACACUAGUGACAUCACUACCUUCCAUAUUGGUGAACAGACUUUGUAUAAGAAGAGACAAUUCACUAACUUAUAAUACCUUUUCACGCUGA